UACAGAAGCCAUUUAACCUAAAACAUGUGAUAAGAGUUGUAUGUUAGUCUAAGAAUAUGUGUUAUUUUAGACAUCCAAACAGCAGUGAAAGUGUCAAACACAUCUUAUAGUAUGGCUUGAUGCCCCACCCAAAACAUCACACCUUAAAACUCUCAUUCCAGAGUGAGAGUCAGUCAUGGAUGACAGUCUUUGUUAAGACUUCAUUGUAUGCAGGGUGUGUGCAAACAUUCACUAUUCUAAAACUAUGAUCAAGAGAAGCUAGUGUAAAGUUGGUACAUGUUUUUUAUUUGCACAUUUUGUUUGCUUGCUUGACCUCUGCAAAGGAAUUUUGAUACCACUCUCGACAGAAGCCCAGAGGUGCAUUUGACUCACGCUGGCCAUAACUCUUAAGCAACAUGAAGGCAGCCUGACUGGACUCCACCUCUUCUAGCUGUCAAAACGAGAGCAAGAUAUUUGAAUGUUUUCUCUUACACAUGCAUAGUACUAGGUUAUGACAUUACAUUGCUUAUUUGCUACAUAAUGAUUUUGUCAAAAAACCCUCUGUGCCAACAUCAUGUCUCAACAGGCUUGUUUCUAAUUUCUAUGAAGGCAAGCUGCAAUCUGCAAGCCAUGAAAGGGAGCUUGUUUUGUCCGGAAAGUUAGAUUUCAAGAUCCACUGCACCCUGGAGAGAGGGGGGAUUUGCUGAGCUCACCACCACCAUGCUGUGUCCCGCUGCUGUCAGUGCAGCUGCUGCGGCUGUCUGGCUGCUGGCUGUGCUGGGCCCAUGCCUGUCUCUUACAGCUGAGGACAACUCAGAACCAGGCUUCACCCUCUGUAGCCACUGCUUCUACAGACAGACGCCUCCUCGGGGAGCCUCUGCAGGGCCGCUGCUGCACCCACUCUGUCACAGACUGCCUGGGGGACAGGCGUUUGCCACUCUGCACAGACCAACCUGUGACACAGCUGUCUACUCUGCCUUCCAUCUCAGCCAUGGAUGGACAGAGAGAGAGGGACUGGAGGGGGAAGGGCUUGUGACAGAGGAAGAGGAAAACAUUAUAGUGCCAGCUCUUCUCAGAGGAGGCAAGGUUUCGCCCACAGACUCCCCUCUUCAACACUGGGACUCAACAGUCACAUCACUGGUCCAGUCAGGCAUCACUCCCCAAUGCAGCAUUUUAGGGGGCGAUCUCUACAUCCUGAUUGGGGCGGGAGGAUUCGGGACGGAAGAGGAUGGAGAUGAGGAGUGUCAGAUGAAGCCGCUGUGGUCUGCAGUGUGCUGCGCUGUCCCGGAGGGGAAGGGUGGCGUUAGUGUGGGGUUAAUCAGAGAGACAGGGGAAGGCGUGAGGGAAGUGAGCGUGAAGGAGCUGGAGGAGAUGCUAGGAGUGACAGAGCUGUUCUCUGAAGGCUGUGGAGGAGCAGAUGGGGAGACUGUUGGAAUGACAGUGGGUCUUAACAGUGAGGGGAACCCUGGAAAUAUAGAAAAGCUGGAUUCAGAUACUACUGAUCAAGACACUGAAAGAGAAGGGGAUGGUUUAGAUACUACUGGCCAAGAUUCAAAUAAAGACCUCAAGGAAAGCGGAGAGAAACGGGUGGCUACUCUUGAUGCUCAGCCAGACGAAGCUGAUGUUGCUGAUGUGACACGGGAAACUUCCGCACAUGCAGUGAAAUCAGAGAGCAGCGAUGAUGAUGAUGCCGUGGAGGAAGACACAAAAUCCAGCAGCACUGUGAUCUACAUCCUCUCCACCGUCUUGUCCAUCCUUACAGCUCCACUGCGGCUUGUGUUCUCCACAAUUACACAGUUACCUGGACAGGUGAGCUAUGUUCUUCAAGAAGACCUCGGAGUUCUCUCUGCCCUGCCUGGAGAUACCUACUCCCUGUUCCACCUCUUGACCUCUGACCUGUUUUCCUGGACGGGUUCAGCUGUAGAAAUGCUGCUGGGUAUCGGGGAGGCCUGCUUCUUCAGUGUCUACUACUGCUCCUCCUCCAUCCUGGAGGCUCUUCUGAGCAGCUGCCAAACUGGGGUCACUGGCAUGGGGACACUGGCAGAGGACACAGUGGGGAUAUUUGUUGACUCGCUGGAUAAUGCCUGGUGUGUGACCAAGUUCUUUGGAGGGCGGCUGUGGGAGCAGAGUGAAGGUUAUGUAGGCACAGUGGUGACAGAGGUGGGGGGUCAGGCAAAAGCUGUAGGUGGAGGGUUGGGGACGCUGGCAUGGAGAAGUGGAAAUGGGGUGGGCAAAGUGUUUAGGCUGGGAGGGGGUUUAAUAAUGGGGAUGGUGGAUAUGGUCACUGGUGCGGUGAGAGAGGCUUUUGGGCAGGAGUCAGAGUGAAAGAAUCCAGACUCCAGAUGACAACGAUCAGGAACAAACACUGUCAAAUGUUUUCUCCAGUUUUGGUUUGGAAAUUUCUUUAGCACAUGAAUGUGUGAAAAGGGGGCAAGCUAUUUGAAUGUGAUGCCAUUCCAUAUGCCUUUUUUAUUUUAGAAGGAUCGCCACAUGUUUUAAAUCAAAUUUAGUGAGUUACAGAUUUCUUAUAGGUCUAACACUUCACUUUGGCCACAUAAUCUGCUGUAUCUGAGAGCUGGGAUAGCUGACACAACUGUGAUUUAGAAAACACUGCACUGUGCACAAGGCAUUUGGAUGUAAUUAUUCAAGACUACUCUUGUAUAAUACUUUAAUUGUUAUGAUAAAUGUUUGCUUACAUGUACAGUUGAAUAAAAGAGA